AUGACCCGUGUCAGCAAGAAGAUCAAGAAUCAGACCGAGAAUGGGUACACGACUGUUCACAGUUACAAGUGUACUCUGAUCCGCGAUCCGAACAGAGCCGACCAAGCACGUCAAGACUUGAUUGACGCGUUAGCCAAGGCCCGUCGCAUCUGUGAAGUAUUGCAAAGCCAGACCAAGUGUAAAGUCGCUGUGAACAAAACCGCCAGCAGCGUACUCAAGUGUGUAGACUUAGCACAUCACUCCAUCGUUGAAGCCGAACUGAAGGUUAAUUCUCAGAUUGACAUUCUGUUUCAGCGUCAAGUCCGAAAAGACGAGGAACGAUCCCAGAAGGUUCCCAUCAAGAGUUACCUUGAGGUAAUUACAGAACUUCAGGAAAAAGUCAAGAAGUAA